AUGUCCAGCAAUUUUUUUAUAAUUCUACUUUUGUUGGUGAACCCGGGAGAAUCGAGGAAGUCAUUUCUCAGUUUUCUGAAUACACCAAACACAGAAAGGCUUUCGUUUACAAAGACAGAAGAAAGCCUCAUGAUAAGGUCUGGCUAUAAAGAGAAACGGCCUCACUCCAGCCACCUCCUUGUGAAGUCAGAGGAUCCUAAAGUGCUGCAGGUGGUGAAUGUGACCAAGAUCUCCCUGGGUGUCGCGGGCUUUACCGUCCACCUGAAGACUUCCCCGGGAGAGACCAAUCUGACCCUGCAGCUCUGGGAGUCUGAAGGUAGGCAGACACUCAUCGAGGAGAUAAAGAACGUCAGAGUGAGAGUGUUCAGGCAGACGGAGGACGGCCCCUUCCAUGCACCACUCCAUGUUGAUGGCUCCAUCUUCCUGCUUGUCUUAUUGAUGAUCCUUUUAAACAAAUGUGCCUUUGGCUGCAAGAUUGAACUCCAGGUGCUUCGCACAGUGUGGAAGAGACCUUUGCCAAUACUUCUUGGGGCAGCCAUACAGUUUUUCCUCAUGCCGUUCUGUGGCUUUCUCUUGUCUCAGAUCUUGGGCUUGGCUAAGGCACAAGCCUUUGGAUUUGUAAUGACCUGCACAUGCCCAGGAGGAGGUGGGGGGUACACCUUUGCUCUCCUUCUGGAAGGGGACGUCACUUUGGCUAUUUUGAUGACUUGCACCUCAACGUCCCUGGCCCUCAUCAUGAUGCCGGUCAACUCAUACUUCUACGGCCGGCUACUGGGGUUAGCAGGUGUAUUUCACGUUCCCGUCUUAAAGAUAGUGUCGACCCUUCUCUUCGUCCUGACGCCAAUAUCGAUUGGCAUAGCCGUCAAGCACAGAAUGCCUGAAAAAGCAAUCUGUUUAGAGAGAGUAGUGCGGCCUCUGAGUUUGACUUUGAUGUUUGUGGGGGUCUGCUUGGCUUUUAGGAUGGGACUGGUGUUUCUGAGAGUGGCUAACCUAGAGGUGUUUCUUUUGGGGCUUCUGGUUCCUGCACUGGGGUUUUUGUUUGGCUAUUCCUCUGCUAAAAUCUACCUGCUGCCUCUCCCUGUUUGUAAAACGGUUGCUAUCGAAAGUGGGAUGUUGAAUAGUUUCUUAGCUCUGGCCAUUAUUCAGCUGUCUUUUCCCCCGUACGAGGCUUAUGAAGCGUCUGCGGCUCCUUUUACAGUAGCCAUGUGUUCCGGCUGUGAAAUGUUACUGUUCCUUCUGGUCUACAAGGCUAAGAGAAGGCCAUUCCUUAGCCCAGAAAAUGAAAACACCCCUCUAGUUUAAAAUGCACAGCACUCUUAAUUCUU